AUCGAUAAGUAAAUUCCCCUUGAAUCUUUUUUCACCAAUUUUUUUUUUUUUUUUUUUUUUUUCCUCCAACGAGAGGCUCGUCAGAGCGAGCGAAAGGUUUUAAGGUUACGACAACGUUAAUUGCCGAUCCGUCCGCCGACCUAACCUAAGCUUCGACACGUCAACACGAUGCGUCCCAGAGAGAUAGCUCUAUCGUCGAUCUCGUUUCCACUGACCCUAAAAGCGAUGAUAAGCGGACAGCUGCGGGACAACCGCGUCAUCAACGUACAAUGAGCUGCGACUGUUUCGCGAGGAGAGCGUCAUGGGUGACCGUCGAGCGCGAGAAAUGGAUGAACUGUUACUUCCGCAAGCUGGUGCCGCUUUAUAGAAAGUCCACCUGCCUGUGGAAGAAAGAUACGCGCAGCUACUUGGACAGGGAGCAGAGAUACCGUGCCUAUGCACGAAUUCAUCGAGCCAUGGACCUACCGGGAGUGACCUUGGUGGAGAUGGUGUUGAAGAUCCGCGAGAUGCGUCGCCUCUACGUGAACGAAUUGAAGAGGCUGCUGGAGGCGAGGUCGUGCAACCACUGCUAUCGGACCUCGCUACCGUGGUUCUACGAUCUGCAUCGAUUUCUCUAUCCGUACCUGGAUUACGAUGAGGCGGUCGAGUUGCACAACCCUGGCCAAACUUUUGUCGAGACGAGGGAGGAGACCGAGGAACAAAAAUCACGGGCAACUACGUCGGAUUGCAGUUGCGUCCGAUGCCUGAUAUCCAACAGGAACAGCCGUAUCGAGAAUUUCUUAUCGUCUAACACGCAACGAGCUCUCACUACCCUGAACUCCAGUUCCCCUGUCGUUUCCUUGGCCGAAGUCAAGACUCGCUCUCGCAAUUGUCCCCGCUCCUGCAGCAGAAUUACCGAGGCUAAGAAACGGCUGGACAGAUUCCCUUCUCAAGGUGUCUACUCAACGAUCAGCAGAUCCACAUCCUGCUACGAAGAAUUCCGACAUCGCGGCGAUACAACUGAGAACGAAUUAAUGGACAGGCGACAGGGAAACUGUCGCGAAUUUACAAUCUGCGGGUUGCACAGCACGGCAUCCAGUGACAAUACCUGCGAGACCGACUCAGAUCAAUUAGAUACUUUCUCUAUGACCGUGACACGUUGUCUGAAGAAGUUGGACAAACCAUGCGCGCUGAAGGCGCAGGCAAAGAUUCAACAAAUCUUGAAGAACAUGCUGAUGAAAUCGAAGAACAAUCCGCCGAAACGAACUCCUCCGCGCAAAUCAUCCUACGAUCUGCGAUAAAACACACUGUCGAAGAUCCGGAAGGAAGGUAAAUUUACAAUCUAAAUAUUUGAACAGCUAUCUGGAGUUAAAAAUACCAGACGCAUUGUUUCAGCAUCCAUCCGGUACGAAGCGAAAUCCCAGAAAUCCGACGGUUUGAUCGCCGGAGCAUCGUCGCUUACCUUCAGUUUGUGCAUAGCAGGUAACUCUCAUAAAUAUUACAAAAAAGAAAAAAAAAGAAAAGAAAGAAAGAAGGAAAAAAACUCCCGGCCGGUGUAUGAAUAGCUCGCGAGUAGCAUGAACAUCUAACGACAAAAAGCUACAAUCGGAGACUGAAUUUCGUCGUAUAUCACGGUUCUAGCUGAGCACUGGAUGGUAUCGAUCCGACUUCGGUAGACCGCAGCGUUACGAUUAGUAUUCAGCCGGUGUCGCAGUCGGCCGGUCAGACAAGGACGAGGAUGGCAAGAUUUGCUCCGGCAAAACGGAGGCUGCGUGCCACGCAGCCUCUGAUAACGGGUUACCCUUUGAUCGAAGCAUCUUUCUCUCUCUUCCUCUCAAAGAAAAUAAAAGAAGUCCACGUUCCUCCGUCGUUAUUGCCACAUAUAAACACAGCCUCGAACGAGAACGCGUUAAUCCUCAAAGCGUGUCUUCUCUCGAUUAAAGGAUCAUCAGAGAUUGUAUCGGAUCUGAUUCUGGCUACGAAUCCACCCCGCUUGGCUUCCAGAUCAAUUACUCGAGUCGAAAAGAGUUUUCAUCGCUGCGCUUGAUCAGAAUUCUAAGAACGCAACUUCGAGGAAUGAUCGAUGCACUUUCAACCCUCGCGAGCGAAGAGGUUGAUAUUUCUCGCCGGAAGUGAAAAUUCUCGGCGAAUCAAGCUAUUUGCCUCGUGAAAGGAAGAAAAAAAAAAGAAAAAAGAAAAGAACAAGUUGGAGAACAACGUGGUAAUAAAUUCCGAGAGCCGGGAGGAUUAAGCUCCGCCGGAAACUGUUUUGCGUGCCGUAGGGCAACAGGAACAAGAGGAAACCGGGGGAUCUGCGGUUAGUCUGCUAGGACGGCCGGGAGAGCCUAGAACGAACGGGGUUACCACGUUUAGACCAAUUCCCAAAAUCCCCUUGAUACUCGAUGAAACACGGGAUCCGAGCUUGAUCAAAAGAGAUUGAGAACCUUUCGCCGUGACGAUUAAACAGCUCGCGAGUAUCUACUCGCCUGUUCGCGCGUUUCGUGCGAGAUCACAGAAAUCAACGUGGAAAAAUCGAAUCGGCCAGGGGAACAAUUAACAUGAGAACGAGUGUCUAAUUCGAUGGAAACUGCGAUACGCCGUGAGGCAAACACGCGCUGAAAUUAUUUUCGAACGAACAAAGAGCGCGGCCUCGGCUCCGUGGACCUCGUCGAGCCAUCGAACCCUAUCGAUACUCGGCUUUUUUGCGAACCGGCAGCCGCAACUGGAAAUAUAAUUUUUUCCCAUGGCAGGGACAUCAAAGCGAAUUCCAUCGGUCGCCGAUCGAGAAGCACGAGAGAACGAGAAGAGGUAAGCACGAGAGAAAAAGAGAGAGAAAGAGAGAGCUAGACGAAGUUAGCAAGGUUAGCAAGGUUAACACGGAGGAGUAUGUAGUCAGAGGCGAUUGGUAAGUGGCGUUUCCGGGCGAGAGCAGCCUAAUGCAGUCCCAUUAGGUUCGGCUUUGACCGGUAUAACGCGCAUUAACCGUAUUCACAGGCUCUUAUUACUUACUGUG